GCGCGCUCCGCUGACGGAGGCGCCCACCUGUCCCUGUUCCUUGACACCGACCUCGGCACGAACCUCGCCCUGAACGUCGCCGCGGACUCCACCAUCCGCCGCCUCAAGUCGCAAGUGGCCGUGGAGCACGCCGCCGCCUUCCCCGACCUCGGCCCCGUCGCCGUCAAGUCCUUUCAGGUGCUACGCAAGGGUGCAAUGUACCACCUCUCUGAUUCGAUGGCAUUGAGGAGUGCAUUUUCCAAAGUCAAAGCUGGGUGCUUUCUGCAUGUCAAGAUGGUAGCAGUUGCGACGGACUCACACUACUGCAGAGACGAGGAUAGAGGGAGAUCAAGUAGAGGUUGUCUUGGAGUUGAUAUGGACAAAUGUCUUAUGGAGUUGCCUGCAACAAUAUCAGGCGGUGUAAAUCCUCAAAUGCUGGAAGGUAGUGAGGAGGCUGCAGCAUUGCUUAAUGUUCAUGCACAUGAUGCAGUGCCAAAUGAUGUGCAGCUGUCAUCCUCGUCACAUCCCAAUGCAGAAACAAAGAAGGAUGCAGCAGUAAGCCUGGCUACUGAUGUACAAACAAAUUCUGUGGCAAAUGUCAGUAGAUUUUCAAAUCAAAGCAAUGUGGCCCUGGUUGGAGAGGAGUUACUUGCAAGAAAGGAAAACCUUCUGCAUAGUGUCAAAGACCAUGAUCUUGGUGUUGUUUCUGGCGACAAGCAAGUGGGGACAAGGGAGGGAACGGUGGGAGAGCUUCAUGCACUGGAUGAUCCCUCUCAGGAAAAGGAGCGCAAAAGGGCUAGAAGGACUGAUUCUGUUAACACGUCAGCUGUAGAUCGUGUUAGAGAAACUAAUGAUUACAAAACCAGGGAUGUGAAUAGCUUGGAUAAGCCUUUGUUGGAAACAAACACUAAUUCUCUUGGGGUAAUUCCAAGCAAUUCUUUUCAGCAAGAAUCACAUGGAAAUGCACAAGAGGAUUCAAUCCAGCCUGAAAAUCCAAUCAUUGCUGGAAAGAAUAAGAAAAGGAAAAAACAUCAGUCAGUCGCUCCCAAAGAUGCCCAGGAAAUAACAAAACCAUCAGCUGGAACAGUGGAGGUACCAAAAGCGUUAGAUGGAGGCCUGCUUCAUGAAAACCAAGGGCAACAAGGUGAUGGUGUAGAUAAUGUUGAAAUGACUAGCAGAGACAAAGCAAUGGCCAGACUAUUUGACAUGCAUCUUCCAUCAUCACAACUCAAUAGUGGAAACCAGUUGGGUACUGAUGCUCAGGCAACUACUGAUCUAGUUGCUGACAAAAGUAACAUCGGUAUUGUACAUGAAGGAUAUGGAAAUCCGGCAGUUGGAGAGACCAGUAAUUCCACUUGCAAAGUUGUAGCUGGUGAAGAAACAAUUGCAGAAGGAAUCAAUGAUGAAUAUCAUGAUGAAAGAGCAGUUGAGGUAAGCAACAUGGAGAAAGGAAGUAAAAGCGAGAAUGUCUUGGAUAUGGCAGAUACAGCCGGUAAUAUUUCUCAUGAGAAGAAUUGCCAGGAAUCAAAUAAGGUUAGUUCUGUUGGCCUAUCUUCCAUGGAUACUGCUGAAGCAAAAGACCAGUCUGGGUAUAGCGAGAAAGCAGCCAAAUCAGAUAUAGUGUCUACUCAGGGGGACAUCUUAAAUGACCCUUAUAAGUGGCACAUCACAAGUAAUGUGCAGCGAGGGGAUUGUAAUGUCAUAGAAAAUUCAGAUGGUGAUGGAAAGCUGAAGAAGAAGAAAAGGCGCCACUCGGAGUCUUCAAAGGAUGGUCCUACUACUCAAGGUGUGACAAAACCAUCUGGAUCCAUUGCAAAUGCUCAGGUGGAGACUGUAAAUGAACCAAGCAAGGUGAAUCAAGGGGAUUCUACCGUAACAGAAAAUCCAACUGGUGAUGGGAAGCGUAAAAAGAAGAGAAAACUCCGCUUGGAGUCUUCAAAGGAUGAUCCUUUGACAAAAUCAUCUGGACCCACUACAGGUGGAAGCUCGACACAACAUACAAGUGACGAUCCCCUAAAUGCAGAGCAAACAACACAAGGCACUAUAGGAGAAGCAACGGGUAGUGAUUGCAGGAAGCUUGAUGGAACCGCGGAUGUAGCAGCAACCAAUGUGAUUAAUGAGGUAUUGGCAGAUUUAGGAUGCACAGACAACUUAAGUGGAGAUCCAGUAAAGGAACAUACUGAAGGUGUUGUUAGUGCAGCCUUACCUCUGAAAUAUCCAGCAGAUAAUCAGUCUGAUGAUCUUAAUGAUGUUUUGAGUGAGAAUACAGCAGUGCCAGCUGAUGGCAGAACCAAAUCCAGUAAGCGUCAGAGAAAGAAGACUUCAUUGAAGCAUGUUUCUACUGAUAGCAGUAAAGAUAUUCAGUCUUUGGGUGUGCAAGUCAGACAGGUUCCCACAGAGGACUUGGAAGGAGGAAAUGACACCAAAGAGGAAUUGCUUCUGGAAGGUUCUUCAAUUGACGCUCCUGCAAGUACUGGUCAAGUAUUACGGCAGAAAAGCAAAAAGUCUUUGAAGACUCAGACUCCUACAAUACAGGAAAUAAAUCAUCCUACACAUGGACAAGAUAAUCAGUUCAUAAAGGAUGACCAGGAAAAAUAUGUAACUGAUGGUGGAACUCAUAAUGACAAAAAUAUAGUAGGAGCUCCAACAGAAUCAUCAGUAGUUCAUAAAGAUGGCACAACUAUCACGCAUGAUAAGCCUAAUGCUCGAAAGGGAAGGAAGAAAUCUUCCAAGACUGAACUUCAGAGUCAGGAUACUGCUUUGGAACAAGGUUCUGUUGCAGAUUUGAUGAACUCCAGGGCUCAGGAGGGAGCAGCUAUUCCUAAAGGUUCUGCUGGUGCUGUUGAACCAAAUGAUUCCGCAGCGAUUCGUUCUGGAAGUGGCAAAAUUAAAUUCUUGGACCAUUUUAGCCCCAGUGUGAUGAAUGGCCCAUCUGUUUCUGCAGAAAACAAUGAUGAAACUACUAUAAGGGAAGUUAAGGGCAAAAAGAAAAGCAAAAGAAAACCAGAUAUGCAGUCUCAACGUGCUGGUAUUAUCGAACCAAAUGAUCUGCCAGAAUCCCAUCUUCAUACAGAUAAAACUAGUGUAGCUGAUCAUUUUGAUACUGGCAAUGUGGGUGUGCCAUCUGUUUCAGCAGAAAACACGAACAGAGAAGAUGGUAAUGUGGAAAAGGCGAAGGAGAAAAAGAAGAGUAAAAGAAAGCAGGAUUUGGUCAAACCCGAGUCUGAAAACCCCAUUGGUAAUAAUGAAGACACUGAUAAUUGUUCACAAAAUUUGCUGCAUUCUGUUGUGCAGAAGGGAGGAAUAGAACAGAGCAAUGCAAAAGAGAACAGUGAUAAAAUCACCAAGAAUAAUAGUAUGCCGCAACAGGAGACCGAAGCAGAAAACAUUAACAGAGAAGAUGGUAAUGUGAGGAAAACCAAGGAGAAAAAGAAGAGCAAAAGAAAACAGGAUUUGGUCAAACCCGAGUCUCAAAAUCCUGAUGGUCGUAAUCAAGAUACUGAUACUUCUGCACCGCAGAAAGGAAGAAUGGAUCAGGGCAAUACAAAAGAGAAGAGGGAUAAAGUUAUUCAGAAUAAUAGUAUGCUGCAACAGGAAAAAGAAGAUGCCACACGUGAUAGCACUCUUGAAAAGAAGCCCUGCCAAAGCAAGGUUGGUGCUGACAAUCAGACUGAUUUGCCCAUUGAGAAGCACCAUGCUUGCAUGGGCAAAGAACAAAUGAACUCUACUUCGCAGACAAAGCAUCAUGGUAAGAACAGAAAACAUGACGGGUCUAUUGAUGGGAGGGCAAAUGCAAAUCCUAAGGUUGUAAGCAAUGUUGUUCAGAGCAGUCCCAUGAGCCCACAAGCAUCAAAUGAAAGCACUUAUGGCACACCAGCUGUUAACCGAUUUAGAGUAGCAGUUCGGAAAGUUCCAAGAAAAAAAUUUGAACAGCUCAAUGACAAAUCCAAGAAGGAUACUAGUAAGAGAGGCGCUGGCGCAAUUUUCAGUGACACCAUAAGUGAAGACUCUGAUGAACUAUUGAACACCAUGGGUGAAAAGGCUGGCAAGGAAAACUCAUCAGAUGAUUCAUCCACAUCUGCUGACUCAGGUAUUUCAUCCACGGCCUGGGAGGGAAGCGACGUACCUGAUGAUGAAGGCAUUGCAUCGUUGUCACAGAGGAGUGACAUCAACUCCAUCCUCCGAGGCUCCAGUAGCUACAAGAAGGCGAGGCUGAAACCAACCGAGCUGCUGGAGGACACCGAGGUGCCUGAUAGCCAGCCUCCAGACAGUCUUUGGGGCUGAAUCAAUGGACGGACCUGGUGCUUAAAUGAAUGCGAGUUUCACGCAAUUCCCAGUUUUUUUUGUGCAUUUGUGGAUUUGGCUGCUGAACAUGUCUGGAUAUCAUGUUAAAGUGAAGUUCACAUCUCCAGCUGUAUUGAGUUUGUGGUCGUGACAGUCCUCAAAAUUCGUCAAUUUUGUCCUUUUUGCCGUGUCUA